ACUAAGCAAAAUGGACACCAACACGCGCGGCACGGAGGCGAGAGACGAGGCCAGCUGGCUGGGGAUCGAGGAGGCCUCGCCGUUCACGGGGAAGAAGACGACCAAGGCGGCGACCGCCGACAUCAGGCAAUGGAGCUCCGUGGUGAAUGCCACGCUGGUGCUUCUGAUCAUGACAAUGCCGCCCCUGCUCCUCCUCCUCAGCGGCGGCCUCGGCGCCCCGACGACGGUAUGGAUCAAGUCCACCGUCGCCAGCAUAGGCUCACAAAGAGAGCCCAAGAAAGACGUGCUUCUCGGCGGCCUGCUGGUUCCAGGAUUCGACGAGCACUCCUGCGCCAGCCGCUACCAGGCCGCGUACUACCACAAGGACAUGACGCGCCCGGCGUCGCCGCACCUCAUCAAGCGGCUGCGGGAGCAGGAGGCGCUGCAGCGGCGGUGCGGCCCGGGCACCGAGCCGUACACGCGAGCAUCGGAGCGGCUCAGGUCCGGGCAGACGGACGCCGACGACGUCGACGGCUGCAGCUACCUCGUGCUCAUCUCGUACCGAGGCCUCGGCAACCGGAUGCUCGCCAUGGCCUCCGUCUUCCUCUACGCCCUGCUCACCGGCCGCGUGCUCCUCGUGGACCGCGGCUACGGCGACACCCUGACGGGCCUCUUCUGCGAGCCGUUCCCGGGAACGACGUGGGCGCUGCCCCCCGACUUCCCGGUCGAGGGUUUCAAGGAGCUGGGCGAGGACGCGCCGGAGAGCUACGGGAACGUGGCGGUGAACCGGAGCGGGUCCGUCUCCGCGCUGCGCUUCGUGUACCUGCACCUUGACCACGCCGCGUCCCAGGCGAACAGGCUCGUGUAUUGCGACGACCACCGCCAGUUCCUCCACCGGGUGCAGUGGGCGAUCAUCAGGACGGACCAGUACAUGGCGCCGGGGCUCUUCUUCAACCCAGCGUACCGGGAGGAGCUCGACCGGCUGUUCCCAAGCAAGGACUCGGUGUUCUACAUCCUGUCGCGGUACCUCCUGCACCCGACCAACGACAUCUGGGGCAUGGUCACCAGGUACUACAACUCGUACCUGAAGGACGCGGACGAGAGGGUUGGCAUCCAGAUCAGGGUGUUCGACAGCAGCGACAAGCCGUUCCAGCAAGUCCUGGACCAGAUCCUCGCGUGCACGUCGAGGGAGCACCUGCUGCCGGCGGUCGUGACCACGGAAGGCGUCGCGCCGGCUCUCCCGGCGGCUGCCGGCGCGAGGACCACGGCCGUCCUGGUGACCGGCCUGAGCUCCUGGUACCACGACAACAUCCGGGAGAUGUACUGGAAGUCGGCGACCACCAGCGGCGAGGUGGUGAGAGUGCACCAGCCGAGCCACGAGGAGCACCAGCUCUGGUUCCACAGCAAGCACGACAUGAAGGCGCUAGCCGAGAUCUACCUGCUGAGCCUGACCGACAGGAUCGUCACCAGCGGGUGGUCGACGUUCGGGUACGUCGGCCACGGGCUCGGCGGCCACACGCCGUACCUCCUGUUCAGGCCGAUGAACUACUCGGAGCCGGCGCCCGACCCGCCGUGCGCGAGGGCCAUGUCCAUGGAGCCGUGCUCUCACGGGCCGCCCGCCUUCGAGUGCACGAGGAAAGAAAUCAACAGGAUUAUCGACACCGGAGCCCUGCUGCCUCAUGUCCGCCACUGCGAAGACCUGUCGUGGGGGCUCAAACUUACUGAUCCGGUUAUCGAAAAGAAGGUGUAG